CGGAACAGGUUUUUAGUUGUUUGCCACUUUAUUUAUAUUGUUCACGUUACCUCGAGUCCAAGUUCAAGUGCUGCGCUGCGAUAAGGAACCAAUCCUAUAGGAACAAGCCCGUCGGCAUCGGCCAAACGACCGACGAAACUUCGAGGAAAGGAAAACAUCUCAGCAUGAGUUUUGCUAGUGUUUUGGCCCGAAAGGACCUGCCGGAUAUUAAGAGCCUCCUAGCGCGGACAUCAAGCACACGACCCUGACGAAAAGGGCCGCCCUUCGUGAGGCAGCUCGCUGUCUAAAGUGGGUAACCCAGUCGGAUUGACCUGUGAUAUGGUUUGCCCUUCCAGUGAUAUGUGCGUCGGUUGGUGUAAUCUGCUGGCAGCUGAAGAAGGUAUCAACAAAUUAUCUCGUGAGGAGCGCAAUUUUCCACCGGGAGCCCCCGAGUACAGAAAACGUCAUCGAUCUGAGGGCCUGCUGGCGUUUACCGGUGGCAAAAAAAAUAGGAAAACUACGGAUUUAAUUCCAUGGGAUUCUACGCCGUUCAAAAGGAAAUUUCAUAUCAUUUCACCACAGCAGACCGCUUUUAGGCUCUCGAAAAAAAAUGUGUUGGCCGGAAGGGCUCGAAAUGCUGCUACCUCGAAAUUUACGGAGCCGGGAACCCAGCCCAAGUGUCCGGAGCCAAGAAGUAUCAACCUGCGAGGAUCUAUCCGAGGACAGCGAUGGCAGGUUGCUGGCGAAAGUUAAAAACAGAAACGCGCGGAUCUUUGUUAAUUGUAGGUGGCAUUUAUGAUAAAAAAAUAAAUACAAAAUUUGAAAUUGAUAGAAUAAUUUUAGCAAGUGGCUAUAAUUUGAACAAUAAAUAUG